AUGGGUUCGAUGUUCUCGGCGCUGGGAACGAAUCGACGGCCACGUAGACAGCGUCAGCCACAGCAUCCACUCCGAGCGACCCCUCCCAUUCACCAGAUUGAAGAAGUCGCAAGUCCCUUCGAAACCACUACAUCACACUCGUGGUUCUUCUCGGGCCUUCUUUCACUCUUUCCCCAGAGCUUUGACUCACCGCGAGCCUCGCCCGGGGUCCCAAAUUCACCAACCGCCAACAUGAAGUCUACACUCUACAAACUACCAACGGAGCUGCGUGAGAUGGUCUUCAAGUAUUCUCUUGCACCUGAAUGGGAUGGCAAGAUGCCAGGCCUGAUCAAGGCUUUGAGAUCCGACAAAGACUUGUAUGCUGAGUGUAUACAUGCCUGGCGCAAGCACAAGCACACCUACAUCUUGUCUGAGAAGAAUAACUGGUCUUUCCUCGAUAUGCCGAAGAAAGUUAUUGCUACCAUCACGAAGGUCCGGAUCAUGGUUGACGAAGACAUCGCCCUCCACCCACUCCUCAGAUGGAGUGAUAUGGCCGUCAUCCAUGAGCGCUUCCCCAUGUCUAUUCACGACCUCUCCCUCACCGCCGCUCUCGCGACCUCAGUCACCAGCGUGACCCUCGACUGCCGCCCUAAAACUUCCAACCUCUACUUUUGGUACCCCUCAAAAUUCACCAUGUACCUCUCUGGGUUCCCAGUCUUAACCUACGUCGAAAUCACCUGUCCCCUCAAGCCCAACUCACCAGUCCACGAAGGUGGCGGAGGACGGGGACUGCGAGACGAAGAGGCCAUGGUUAAUUCUGCGUGGCAGGAGAUGACGAUGAAGAAGGCUGUCAGGGCUGGGAAUCUGGAAUUGGGAGUUUUGGCUAAGUUGAAGAUGGUGUAUGCGGAUGUGUAUUGGGAGUACGGAAAUAGAGAAUUUCGCAAAUUUGAGUAUAGGGAUGCUUGGAUCUGGAUUGCGGAGGAGGGAAAGACGCUUAACAAGAUUGAUCUACCGCCGGGUUUGAUGAUGACGGGACCGAGGAAGCGAAGGGGGCUAUUUCGACAACUGCCAGUCAAAUUCUCCAUAUUCACGGACGAAGAUCGAAGACACAGUUUAGCCGUUGGAGGAAUUGUCAUUGGCAAGAAUCCGAACAGAUCUUUAGGGGAGCUUUGCGAUACACAUGACAAUCGGAAAUAG